UGUGAAUUGAACACGGCAUACAAAUCCAGUCUGUAAGGAACACGGACACAUCCAGGUCAGGUAUGGAUAGAUCGAGCCAAAUCGACAGCCAAGCGGCAGUCCGGCAUUAUCCUGAACCUUCCGUUCGUUCGGAAGCUUUCGGUUAAUAAAGCCGUGCGAUCUAAUACCGCCUGUCUAAAUCUGGAGCCCAACGCGAUCAAGCAGAUAAGCCACACGUGAUGCAUGCGGUGCUGCACGUCGACGUGGCCGGCCGCGCCCUGGCCGUGGUGGAGCGCGACGGCGCGCACGACCCGGCCACGGGGCGCGCGCUCACCGGCUCCUGGCUCUGGGACUCCGCCGUCGUCCUCGCCACCCACCUUGCCUCGGCCAGACCCGGGACGAUCCACGGCGCCACCGUUCUCGAGCUCGGCGCCGGCACCGGCCUCCCGGGCAUCGCGGCCGUCGCGUGCCUCGGCGCCGCGCGCUGCGUGCUCACGGACGUGGGGCUGCUCCUGCCGGGCCUCAGGGCCAACGCCGAGGCCAACGGUCUCACGACCGCGCAGGCGGACGUGCGAGAGCUGCGCUGGGGCGAGGACGCCGACCUGCCCGAUUGCGAGCUCCUGCGCGUGGACGUGGUGCUCAUGUCCGACGUGUUCUAUGAUCCGGAGGAGAUGCCGGCGAUGGCAGCCACGUUGCGCAGGCUGUGGCGGGACGGCACGGUGGGGUGGGCGGCCAGCGAGGUGCGGUGUGGCGUGCAGGAUUGCGUGGACGUGCUGCGGGAGCACGGCUUCGAUGUGGCCGAGGUCGACAGGGUCACCAGGCCGCUGCUGCGCGACCCCACACAGGCCUCCGACUUCGCCGUCUACCGCGUCGAACCCUGGCGGCCUCAUUAGGGUUUUCUUUUUUUUUCUUUUUUUCGGCAAUCAAGAGAGCUUUAUUAAAUCACAGCAGACCUAUGACAAUCAGCCAUCAAGCUGGUCACUAGGAAGCUAGGUAUCACAUCAAGCCAGCAUUCGGUCAUAUUCAAUGUGCAAGCAUGUUUAGCAUAUAGAUGAGCCGAAACAUUAGCCGAACAAUUUAUAUGAAGUACACUAAAUAAAGAAGUGAAUUGCAUAAAACCACCACAUUUAGGGCUUCACUUGCAGAAAACCACCGGGUCAUUAAUUUUUUGCAAAAUCACCGCGGAUUCGGUAAACUUGUUGCAAAUAGCACUAAUCGGGCGAUUUGCUGCGUUUGAUCACUUUCUGACAAGUGGGGCUGGGCUGUAAGGAGCUGACUUGGCAAAACAUUUACAUACACCUCCUUAGAUCUAAAAACAAAAAGCAAUCGACCCCCUCGCCCCUCCUCCCAGACCUGUCCCCGACCGCCCGACCUCGACUUCUGCCCCUCGCCGGAGUGGAGAUGUCCCCGCACGCGUCGGCCAUCUCCGCAAGCACGAGGGCCAGCAGCGCACUGCCGUUGUCGGGGAGCCGGAGCUCCUGUGUAGUGUCUGUGGCGUGGACUUCGUGGAGGCGGCGUCGGGAGCUCGGCCUUCAAGCCACGGCGGCGUCCGCCGGGAUGCCGUGGCCGCGCCUCGGCCUUCUGCCAAGGAUGCCCAGCGCCCCUCGACGCUGUGGAUGCUGGCCAACCUCCAAGCGCUUCGGCCGCCGUCGGCGGCGCGCGGCGCCGCCCAUCUCCGGCGCCUCCUCCCCUCCUCCUACACCUCCCACUUCCCCUCGCUCGUGCAGCCGCAGCGGAGCGUCCACGCCCACAGGAGAGCCCCGCAGCCCCGUGCGCACGCGCCACCGAGCCUCGCGCCGCUCUGGCCGGACUUCCCCGCAGUUCGACGGUGCACCGGGCACAACCGCCGCCCCCUCUCCAUCUUCUUCCUCCCCUGUCUUUCUCCCUCUCUCUCUCUCUCUCUCUCUCUCUCUCUCUCUCUCUCCAGGACGUUCGCGGAAGCUGGACGAAGCCGGAUCCGCCGCCGGCUAUGAGCUCGUACACAGGAGAAGGAGAAGAUACCUUAUCCCUUGAAAAAGGGAGGAGGAAGGGAUGGUAGGCGGGGCAGCAAUGGUCGCCGACGUGUUGUCGGCGGCGACGAGGUCGCCGGAGUGGGCUCCUCGCCGGAUUUGGUGUCCGGCUUCGCCGCCGCCGCCUGGGAGGAGGCAGAGGACGGUGGUGAAAGGGGGGGGCCCUGAUUGCUUUUUAAAUUUUCUAAUAAGGGUGCAUUUGUAAAAUUCAGGGGGGUGUAUGUAUUUUUUUGGCCAAGUCAGCUCCUUACAACCCGGCCCCACUUGUCAGAAAGUGAUCAAACGCAGCAAAUCGCCCGAUUAGUGCUAUUUGCAACAAGUUUACCGAAUCUGCGGUGAUUUUUGCAAAAAAUUAGUGACCCGGUGGUUUUCUGCAAGUGAAGCCCCAAAUGUGGUGGUUUUAUGCAAUUCACU